AUGUAUAGGCUCAUGGGACAUUUCCGCGGCGAGGACGUGGAGCUCCGACCAGAAGACCACGCGGCCCUUCGCAGAGCGGAGGCCAAUCCCGAGUCCAGCUUCGCCAAAACGCUGGAACUGAUGGGCAAACCGCCAGCCCCAGCCAAGCAGCCGCCGACGUUCCUGGAGAUCCUUCAGAGCGUCCUCCAAAGCGUCGGCCCACCACCGCGCGUCGCACCCAUACGCUACCCCAGCCUAUGGCCGCGACCGCCAGACAACCCCACGCCGCAGCAGACCGCGGGCCCCUCUAAGGGCCCCGCCGACGCACCGGCCAGCCCCACGGCCCCCAACCCGGAGGCCGUGGCCACCACAAACCCGCCAGGCGCCGACCGCACGCCCGACGCGCCCGCAACAGCGGACCCCGGACCCGCGGCCGCGCCCAUAGCAUCCCCGGACACACGCCACUCCGAGCCGCAGCCGACCGUGGACCCCCCCAAGGCACCACAGCUCCGGCCCGCCCCGUCGCCCCCAACCCGCGGGUCACGGCCACCGACCAACCCAACGUCGCGCCCGUCACCAAGGCCCCAUCGCGGGCCCCGGACCCUCAGCCGCGACCCCAAGAACCCCGGAUGCAAGGCUGCCGUCAAAAAAAGACAGCACGCGCCAAAAAGCGUACCAAAAAGAGCGGUGCUACCCACCCCAAACCUUCACAACGCAGACACCACCGCUCCUGACUCCUCGACGGAUGAGCACCGCGCCGCUCCACGCACGCCCUCCGGACAACACCAGUCGUCGACUGUCGGCCCGCGGAACCGACAAACCGGGGCGACGAAGUUGGAGAUUCGUCGCCUCACAACAACGACCCACGCAGCAGCCCAAAGGACACCCGCACCCGCCCCCGCCGACUCCAAGGAGAAGACGGGCCUGGGCGCCGAGAUCGGAGACUCGUCACCCACCAACGAACCACGCACGCCCACCGGACCCGGUAGCACGCCAGGGAGGACGCCGAGAAGGAGCACUCGCCGCCCCCCCGCAACACUGCUGACAGGCCACCGUCAGUCAGCCACAGAUGGCCCGCCGGUUUCGCCGGCGGCCCAUCGCUGA